AUGGCAAAUCGCAUGUCGGCGGACGCGGCCUGUGCCUUUGACGGAAUGCUCCCCGCCUCGGACUCGGCCGCGUUCUUGACCCACUUCGACUUCUCUGCCAUUGAUGAGGUAGACCCUUCCCUCGCGGAUGGCCACUUGAUUCUUUACGAGAGAGAAGUUCCAUGCGAACUUCGCAUGCAGGAAGGAAGCAAAGCCCCCCAGGAUGUGGGGAGACUCGAGCCCAUUAGGGUGAAAAUUCUGAUUCUGGGGGAAGAGCUUAACCCUCAAGAAGUGCGGAUUGAGGCCUCGAGCGAGAACGACUUAUUCUUUCAUUAUACCCAUGUGGUAGACGAGAAAGCAUUCCGGCAGAUGCAACAGGGUCAAAAACUAAUGAUUCAAUUCUCAGACUACUCUCAAGUGCUUAUGAAAAUGCUCAAUUCAUGUAUCAGGGAGCCACAGAGCUUUCUCGCCGUUUUUAUAAUGGAGACAACAGGCAAGGGUAGACUUGACUUUAUUCAGAACAUGGAAUAUAAAUUUAUUGAACUUUUGUCCUGCGACUUCCUCCAAAGCCCGGAGGAGGUGAUUCGGCAACAAAUGUCUUUCCGGUACAACGCCUUGAAGUCGAAGCUUGCUCUCAUGCAUGCAAGGCUGCACGACAUAGGAGCGCUAGUAAAGGUCAAGAGCCCCUCACUUCUUCUUCACCUUCAAAAAUCUGCAGCCCUCCAGCUGCAGUCAAAGCGUGCUACAACGCGAGGAUCCUCCUUAUGCCAAUUACCUAAGUAA